AUGCACCCUCUUGCUAUCCUAGAGAGCGUUUGGUCUCCCACCCGAAUCUUUCCCAUUGCAGACCACUUACUUGAGGACCUCCCAUCCCUUUUCCGCCAGCAAAUGGCAUUCAUUCUGGCGCUUUUCCGGUCUAAACCCAGGAUCGACAAACCGGCCAAAGCUCGUCGCAACGGGGGUCGAUUUAGCCGUUCACAACCCAGCGCAGCCCCCCACCAUUCCCAGCAGAUCGAGCCACUCACGAAGCUUGACUCGAAUCUAGACAAAAUCCAGAUAGAACGAAGGAGCGGUGGUCACAGCCUUUACGAGACCAAGUCGAUGGAUUCCACCGAGCCAUUUCCUCCACUGGUUGACGAAGGCCCAGAUGAGCCUGCUACCAUCCCUGCUGUCAAUGGCGACCAUGCGAGCGAGCUUCUUUCGCAAUCUCAGCGUGGCUCUAAGCGACUUAGUGGUUUGAAGGCUCUCUUCCGUCAGAGUAAAGCAUCUCAGGAUCGAGAGUCUGUUCUUGGCACUACGGUGGAUAACAUCAUUGACCAGCAUGAAUCCAGCAACGCGAACGCAAUGGAGACCUCGUCGGAAAAAGACGGCUUUGUUGUCCUGUCUGAGAACGAAGCUCCUGCCGAACCUGAACGUGAUUCUACUGGCGAGGCGCGGAGGGCUAGCUCUCAGACGACUCGGUCCAAUGAGUCGAGUCACUCCAACAUCACUGUCUGUCGGCAUCCCUCGCAGCGUGACCCGACAUCUAUCCAGGAAAUCUUCGAUGAGGGCUGGAUGUGGCCGAGUAUUCUGAAUUACACGCAGGAGAUUGUGCAUAGUCCAGAGCCAUCUGACCCUUUCUCGGAUUCGAAGAAUGUCGAUGAUGCCACUGAACCCUCAGUGACAAGUGGAAACCGAAGCCAGAAAGCCUCUACGCAGAAAUCUCUCCCGCUUGAAAACCUGCAGGUCGCUCUGCCGCUCCCUUCGAUAGGAAAUGAUGGCAGCUCUCGCGCUGUUCCCAGCACCAAUCGAACGAGCUCGGCCAGCAGCCACGCCAGUCGGACAACGCAAAUCAGUCACCUUGACAGGAACAAGGCGACUGUCGCGUUCAAUCAAUUGGCGGCACGAUUGAACCUCCACAUCACAAUACCGCACGAGGCGAAUGGCCUGGAGGCUUUUCCAUUAAACGACGUCAAGUCCCCUGUCAACGAAGUCCAUGGUGUGCCUCGACGCCGUCACGGACUGCUAGGCCGAGUCCGCCCAGUGCGCUCCGCUGUGGCACUAGCGACGACUGCUCGUCCCUCAGACCGAAAGCUGCGACGGACAAAGACAUUCUCGAGCCUCGCGCGUCGUUCUGCUCCGAUGAGUUCUCUGCGAGGCAAUGAAUCUGUCUCCGUUCCCUCUGCAGUUGCCCGCGUGCAUCGUCGCGAUGAUGUUGUUUCUACAGAAAUUCGGUCAGUCGGCCCGCCGUCCUUUACGUCAGAACGUGGAUCACUAACGUGGCUUCUGGCAGGUCCCAACACAGCAGAACUGUUCGUGGAACCGGGGGAUAUCAAAGCUGCGGCCCGCCUCUAUGACUAUUUCGCCAGCCAGGUCCUCUUGGCGGAGAAGGACGAACCCAAGAUCGCGCUGACGAUGCGGGUGAUUGCCAUGCCACACUUGGAGACUCGUUCAGCUUGUACAGAGGCCGCGCCCGUGCUCAGUGUCUGCUGGCCAUCUAUUUUGCCCCCCGCCCCCGAGGACCCAUUGCCACACAUGCAGAACUCCCUCGCCGCGCUCUCCCCGAAGACUUCCGCCCAGGUGCAACUGAUUGCCCUGGCGAUCACUGCGCAGACGAGUGAGAUGCAGUGCGCCCUCAUCUGCGCAGUGUUUGGACUGCUUACGGCCUUGGUUCAUGAGACUGAGAGAACAGUCGAGCGCAUGGAGCGCCAGCGGCAAGACGGGAUUGCCGUUCCGGAGGAUGUAGUGGCGGGCCUGCCGACUGUGGAUGGCCUGGCACGGGUGUUUGGGCCGUUACUCCUCGGGGCUGAUGGGCGGGCACGAGGCUCGGGUGCCGGAGUGGUUUUGCAGAGUGAGGUUGUGGAGCAGGAGGUGGAGGAGCAGCGCGUGGCGGAACUGUUGAUUUUGAACUGGUGCAACGUGAGCCGCCAGCUGAAGUUGUGGGCGCGGUAUGGGUAUCCUGCACGGAUGAGGAUGCCGCCGCCGUCGGACGACUGA